AUGGAAAUUAUUUUAAAGAAUAAAGCUACUGAGAAGCUCUAUCUCAACGAAAAAUUGGCGGAUGUACAUUUCGCAUUCAAUGUGGGCGAUGAAAUCCACAAGGUGCCAGCCAACAAAGCCAAUCUAGCAGCAUUAAGUCCGGUUUUUGAUCGCAUGUUCUACGGAUCGUUGACAGAAGAUGGAGACGUUAAAAUAGUCGAUGCAUCCGUCGAGGCGUUCAAAGAGUUUUUGCAAAUAUUUUAUUUGGGUGAAGUGACGCUAACCAUUGAGAAUAUUGAAACGGUUGCUCGUUUGGCUGAUAAGUACGAUGUCCUUGCGUAUUUAAACGAUUGUGCGACAUUCACUCAAAACGAAUUGACGAUAGACAACAUGUUCUGGGGACUUCAACUGGCAUUGUUCCUGAAGAAUCAAACAUUGACCGACUAUUGUGAGAGAAAAAUCAAUGAGUCACCCAAAGAAGUAUUCGCAUCGGAUGCAUUUCGACGAUGUGACAAAGAAACACUGGAACACAUUUUGAAGCUGAAUUUAUCUUGUGAAUCGAUUGAUGUGUUCAAUGCGUGCAUGGAUUGGGCGAGAUAUGCAUGCAAACUAGAUGGUUUGGAUGAAAAACAGGCGAUAAAUCUACGAAACCAGCUCGGCGACCAUUUAAAGUUGAUUCGAUACGAUGAAAUGUCACUCGAAGAAUUCACUGGAAUACACGUGGCAAAUAAAGGACUAUUCAAUUCGGAAGAAUUUGAAGAUAUAAUGCUUACAUUAACAAUGGAUAAAUACAAAUCGAAAAUAUUCAACCUGAAUCCACGUCAGUACAUAUGGAGCAACGACAACGAAUUGCAAUGUACACGAGUAUUGCAAAGCAUGGUAGAUCAUAAAAUUGGAGAAGUGGAAGUGCUAUCCUUCACAUCAAAUCAACCCGUUCUGUUAGGAAAUAUCCAAUGCUCAUUAACUAAAGGUGGGUUAUUUCUGCAUGGUUCUUAUGUAGAAGUUGACAUCGCUCAAGUGGAAGAUGAGACUUUUCGUAUUUCAAAACUUCUUCACAACGGAGGAUUUAGAGCAAACCAGGAAGAUGAUAACCAAAUGGCUUUAGAAAAACCAAUUUUCAUCAAACCUCACACAAUGUACGAAAUUCGCACGACUUUAAGUGUUAGUCAAAAUAGUUGGUGCGAUAAAUUAUGGUUGCCAAGGGUAGAGCUUGAUAAAGGGCUGAAAAUCACUUUCCAUCGAAAUCCAUAUUUGAACUAUAACAACUCCAUUUAUGGCUGGAUUUCUUCAUUGGAAUUGAACAGGAUUUGA